AUGGGUCUCCUGAAGAAAGCCGAGGAGGCCAUCACUGGCCACUCCACCUCCACAAACACUUCCGCCAACAACGGCCCACACAACUCAAGUCUAGCCAACAAGCUUGACCCUCGUGUGGAUAGUGAUCGUGACAACCGAGCUUCUCACACCAACCCAUCGGCUGGUACUACUUCCCACACCAAUCCAUCGGCUGGUACUACUGGACCUCACAACUCCAACAUCGCCAACAAAUUGGACCCUCGCGUGGACUCUCAGGCGACGAGCGGUGCACAGACUCAUGGUACCACGGGUGGCUAUACCUCUGGUCUCCACGAUUCGAAGGUAGCGAACACGGUUGACCCCCGCGUUGACGAUGGUCAUGCUCGCGUUGAAGGACAUGGAGGGAACCUUUACAACACCGGUCCCGCGUCCACAACGGCCGGUCCUCACUCUUCCAACUUGGCCAAUAAGGCCGAUCCUCGUAUCGAUUCAGCAGACUUGAACACCAGCGGCCCUCACGGUAGCACUUUUGCGGGCAACAGCUACGGCACUGGUCCCGCAUCCACAACGGCCGGUCCUCACUCUUCCAACUUGGCCAAUAAGGCCGAUCCUCGUAUCGAUUCAGACUUGAACGGAGGUAACAGCUACAGCACUGGCCCUGCGUCGACAACCGCUGGUCCCCACAGCUCCAACUUGGCCAACAAGGCUGACCCCCGUAUCGACUCGGACCUGAAUAACAGAGGUCACGGCAGCACUCUUGCGGGCAACAACUACAGCACUGGCCCUUCGUCGACAACCGCCGGUCCUCACAGCUCGAACCUGGCCAACAAGGCUGAUCCCCGGAUCGAUUCGGACCUGAGUAACACAGGCCCUCAUGUUCAAGGGCAUGAUCACCACUACCGCACUGCCGGCCCGCACAGUUCCAACUUGGCCAACAAGGCUGAUCCCCGUGUCGAUUCGGACAUGGAUAACCGAGCCCGCCACAGCGCUCUUGCCGGCAACAACUACAGCACUGGUUCUUCGUCGGCAACCGCCGGUCCCCACAGCUCGAACUUGGCCAACAAGGCUGAUCCCCGCGUCGAUUCGGACAUGGAUAACAGAGCCCGCCAUAGCGCUCUUGCGGGCAACAACUACAGCACUGGUUCUUCGUCGGCAACCGCCGGUCCCCACAGCUCGAACUUGGCCAACAAGGCUGAUCCCCGUAUUGAUUCCGACAUGGAUAACCGAGCCCACCACAGCACUCUUGCUGGCAGCAGCUACAACAACACUGCGACUGGAGGUACGACGGGCCCCCACUCUUCCAACUUGGCCAACAAGAUCGACCCUCGUGUGAAUUCUGAUUUCGAUAGCGGGGCAUCUGGGGUGCAGCGUACCUUCUGA